GUUGGCCAGGGUCAGCAUCGUGGCCCUCCCUGCGUGCUGGCUGGGGCAGUGCGAGGUGCCCCUCGGUGCUGUUCCUUCCCCCUCGCUCUGACGGAGGUGGGUGCGAGUCCAGAGCAGGCUGCGAGGCAGGGGGGCGGCAGGGGCCGGUCCUUUCUCUGCAUAGCCCGGUUGGGCCGUGUGCCUCACCUUGUGACUGGGUAAACAUUACCCUGGCCGUUAAUGUUUAAUGGCGCGUGCACCCCGUGAAGGUGUUUUCCCAUCGUGUGCCCAGACUGAGACUCCCGCUGGACACUGCACUGGCACCAUGGCUGAUGAAGCCCUCCCUGAGCAGGAGACAGCCCGGUUCACCUACGCCCCUCUCCCCCGAGACUAUGACACCGUCCGGAAUGGGGGGCUGAUCUUCGCCGUGGUGGCGUUCCUCGUCGGACUCCUCAUCAUCCUCAGCCGGCGGUUCCGCUGCGGAGGCAAGAAGAAAAGCAGACAAGGCGACAACAAUGACCUGUAGCUGCAGCUCCUCCCCUUCCCACUGCUGUCUCUGCAGCCGGAGCUGCCCGGCGGUCCGGAAAGAGGCUUCUUGCACUGCAUCCUCACCGGGCACCAUGCCCCCCGCGCCGCUGUGAUGCACACACCAGCCCCUGCCUCCUCAGUGCACGCUCGUGGUUUUCCUGCUGUAGAUCAGCUAAGCACCUCCAUGCCUCAAUAAAGCUCCUGUCUGAGACGGCUAAAGCCCAUGUGCAUGGGGGCUAUUCCUCCAGUGUCUCUUC